GACUGAGCCUCUGUUCAGCUCCAGCACUUUCGAUUGUUGCUGUCCAGUUCAUCAUAUGAUCCCAUAGCAUGACGUAGAAAGAGACGCCAUUAGUAGGGGUUGAGAGGGGAGAGCAGAGCGAACCAGCGAGCUUAGGGUGGGGGAAAUCAGUUUGGUCUACAAGAGCUGGGCGAGUGAGAUUUGUUCCAAUUCUGAUUCGCAGGGGAUUCGUGUCCUCGACUUCUUGAUUUCGAUUUGAGUCAUCUAAUGUGAUUAGAGGGAGAUACUUCGACUGGGCUACUUAUAUUCCUAAUCAUAUUUAUUUCACCAUGGCGGCUGGCGGCGGAGCAGGCAACAAAACCUACUCUUUCAAGGUGGUUUUGUUGGGAGAGGGCUGUGUCGGCAAGACAUCGCUCGUGUUGCGGUAUUGUGAAAAUAAAUUCAACGACAAACACAUCACCACACUUCAGGCCUCCUUCCUCACCAAGAAGCUCAACAUCACAGGGAAGAGGGUGAACCUGGCCAUAUGGGAUACAGCAGGUCAGGAGCGGUUUCACGCGUUAGGUCCCAUCUACUACAGAGACUCCAACGGAGCGAUAUUGGUCUAUGACAUCACAGAUGAGGACUCUUUCCAGAAGGUGAAAAACUGGGUCAAAGAAUUGAGGAAAAUGUUGGGGAAUGAGAUUUGUUUAUGUAUAGUAGGUAAUAAAGUAGAUCUGGAGAAGGAGAGACAUGUAUCAGUUGAAGAGGCAGAAGGGUAUGCAGAGUCCGUGGGGGCGAAACACUACCACACAUCAGCCAAACUAAACAAGGGAAUAGAAGAACUGUUCCUAGACCUGUGUAAAAGAAUGAUGGAGACGGCCCAAGCAGAGGAGAGGGCGAAGGGUAACGGAGCCAGCCAGUCAACGACAUCACGAAGGGGGGUACAGAUCGUGGACGAUGACCCUCAAGCCGCCACGGCCGCGGGGGGCUGCUGCUCAUCCGCUUAACCUCCACCCUCCACAUCCCAACUUACC